GAUGGUGAGAUCAGGCUUCAGGCUUCGUGAGAGGUACUACGUCAAAUAUUUUUAUCAAUUGAAUAAAACAUUUUGUGUCUGUUUGUUUUUAGUUAUAAUGUUUGCCGUUCAAAGUUGAGAUGUUUUGUUUCUCUAAUUGGAUACAUACUGUGGUGCUAAAUUAUCUUUGGCUAUAUGAAAGUCCCGCGGUUUUGUUGAAUGCUAUGUUUACUAAUAUUUGACUACAAAUAAAUGGGUAUUUGAGUAGUCUUAUUAAUUUCCUGAUGCACUCGCUUUGCAAUAUUUCUGAUCAACAGAAGACAGCCAUGGCCAGUGCAGUGUGUUUACAACAGACCAACAGGGAGGAACUGAAGUACUUGUUACAAACUAUUAAAUUGUGUAAAAUUAAAAACCUUAGGAACAUGGUCGUGCUGGAAACACUGAAGGAAUGUCUUAGCAGAAGUGAGAAGCACCAGGGGACCGCAGCAAGUCAAACUAACAUUCCCUUAGUCGUCGUGAACAAGGUGGCCGAGCUCUUGAGCACGGACAGACUGUGCGGUGAUGCUGGCGUGACAGGAAGUGGAGAAGACACGGAUGAUGCUCCUGUCAACUUGCUGGGGCUGUCUGGCAGAAUGCUGGGCGGCAGGGGUUCCAACCUGCUGGGUUUCGAGAAGAAACUUGUCGCGGCCGCGGUGGAGCAGAGUCUGCUGAGAAAACAGCGCCGCCAUUCUCCUAAAAAAUUCACUUCCGAAAAAGCUUAUGACAGUCCUGAUAGAGAAAUAACAGAAAACAUACUUUCUGAUCUUGUGCUGCAUAACCAUGAGGUCGUGCAAAACCACUGGGCAAAGAUGAAUCAGCUUCUUGAUCUGGAACAGCGGGUUUUAAGACAAAUCCUUCCCCAGAAGAUUACUUGUCUGGAAAGUGAACUAGAGAUGUGCCAAGCGCAGAAGAGAUGUUUGGAUGCAGCCAUUUUGGACAUCAUCCUGAAUGAAGUGCCAAGGUACUCAAAUGCUUUGAAGAUUGUGUACAAGCAAAUGAAAGACGACAAUGAUGUGUUGAGGUCGGAAAUCCACAGAAUGAAGAACUUGCUGGUUGCCUAUCGAGAGCUGAAGGGCACUAGGUUUGACAUGCUGCUCCUAAAUUACAAGAAAGUACUUAAGGAAAUUGAACAUACUAAUUGGGGUCUACAGAACUUGAAGUAGUUCAAAUAAUUAAUGUUAUGUUGUAAAAGUUAAUCAGGAUAUUUGAUAAAUUAUAUGUUGAAAAAAUAAAGAGAGUGACACUUCUUUUGCUUGCUAAAAAUUACUUUAGUUAAAUUUAUUACAUAAACAAUCAUAGCUGGCCGGCUAAAAUAUAUGUGCCUAUGAUUUAUUUUUAUCAUUUUUUAAUAUGUUUAAAAGGAAAUAUAACAUUAAAAAAAUUUCUUUACUUUUAAAUUGUGCAAUUUGUAAGAUAUAUACAUAUAUGGUCAAAGUAAAUAAAAAACUGUAAUGUAAACAGUAGUAUGUAAAGAUUGUAUAGAACAGCUCAUGGAUGAUGUGUUAAAAUUAAGUUUUAGUAUUUUUUUAGUGUAACAUGUGUGGUAUUAAUGAAAAAUAGUUUAAUUUUUGCUGUUUCACUUUCCGUUUAGUGCCUGAAUACAUGCUCGUCGCUAACACAGUUCCUCCUAUGAUGAUGGACUAGCAGAUCACCCGUUGCCCCAUUGGUCAAAGGAGUGGCAGCCACGUUAUCUCGUCUCCUGAACAGAAUGUCUAUCUUUCGCUGGUAAAAACUGGGAAAUUAUGUGCUUGGUACUAAUACGCCCAGCAUAAUACUUUGAGAGUAUCCAAUAAGUAGUGCUUAAGCUGAGAAUAAAAAAACAGUGAUUGAACAAUAGUA